GACUUAUAACUUUUUAAUCCGACAAGUGACAGCUAAUCAUCUGUCAAAAUUGUGUUUUUAUGUAAUUCAAAACAAUAUAUAUUUCCAUUCAAAAUUAAACAUAAAAAUUAUCUCAGGCACCAUACACUGAAACAAAAAUAAUGGGAACUGUUCACGCUAAGUCUAGGCCAAGUGAAGCCUUUGGGGAGGUGGGGACAGAGCUUCUGGGACUGGAAGAUCCUAUUGAUUUUGAAGAUGAACCUGUCUCCAAGCCCAGUAUACAGCUUAAUGGAGUUCGGGCUCGAGUAGACCGAGUGCAUGUGGAUGGACUCAGUAGGACCAAAGAUGAUAUUGUACGUAGUGCAGUUGACGAUCUGUUCCAUGCAACAGACUUUGAAGAUGUUAUAUUACGAGCACAUAAAGUACGAAAAGCUCUGGAUGCGAUGGGUUGUUUCCGUGAGAUUGGUGUUUAUAUCGACGUAUCUUCAGGACCAGGUGCAACUCCAGAAGGACUCGAGGUGACUUUCAAUGUAAAAGAGCUGUCGCGUAUUGUAGGCGGUAUUAAUACGACGGUAAGCGAGAAUGAAGGAAACUUGGUUAUUGGUGUAAAGAUGCCGAAUGUGGCCGGUCGUGGUGAGCGCGUGCAGGCGGAGUAUAGCCUGGGACAUCGCAGCACUUCCAACUUUAGUGUGACCACAGCGAAGCCUUUCCCACGCAGUCAGCUGACACCUGUUGUAUCAGCGUCAGUAUACCAGCAGAACCACGAGUACCCGUGGUCUGGCUACCGGUUACUGGACCGCGGUCUGCUGCUCGACCUUGCUUUCAACACCUCGCCUUCGACUAAACACAGCAUUCAAUGGGAGGGCUUAGUGCGAGAGACCUCGGUGCUCAGCAAAACUACAAGCUUCAAAGUCCGCGAAAGUAGUGGUCCUCAGAUGAAGUCAGUGUUGCGGCACAUUGUGAGCAUCGACCACAGAGACGAGGCGGUGUUCCCCACACGCGGCGGCUGGCUGCAGUUCAGCAGCGCCCUGGCCGGCCUGGGCGGGGGCGUCGCACACGUGCGCACUGAACUACAGGCAGAGGCUAAUGGCACUCUGCCCUACGCUGAUAAUGUGGUGUUACAAGGUACGUGUGCUGCGGGCGUGCUGCACGACGUGUUCGGCACGGAGCUGGCAGACCGGUUCUUCCUGGGCGGACCUGCGACACUGCGGGGCUUCGCACAGCGCGGGGUCGGACCCCGGGCUGAUGGCCUCGCGCUCGGCGGCACUAUGUACUGGGCGACAGGCGUGCAUGUGUACGCGCCGCUGCCGUUUGUGUCAUCUCGCGGCGGACUGGCGGAUCUGUUCCGAUCACAUCUCUUCUUGAAUGCAGGCUGUCUUGCUCAUCCAGAGGAGGGUGAGUCUGUGGUGUCAGCACUGUCGGAGGUGCGGGUGGCGGGGGGGUGCGGCGUCGCGCUGCGCCUCGGCCGUGUCGCGCGCGUCGAGCUCAACUACUGCGUGCCACUGCGCGCCGCCACCGCUGACUGCGCCGCGCCCGGACUGCAGCUCGGCGUCGCCGCACACUUCCUCUAGCCCCGCCCACAGGAUACCCGGCAAGUACCUCGGUGCUGGUGUGAAUGCGGACGCGAUGUUUCAUUUAGCGUGUUCAGUUGAUGUCUUGUAAAUUAUUAGUGUAUCAUAAAUAGUUGACAUAAUGUUAUUUCAGUUAUUGUAUUAAAAAUUGUUAUAAUUCCUAAGAAAAUUUUA